AGAGAGACUGAGCCUUCUCAGUCCACCGAACGCAACAUCCCAGGACGGAGGUUUUAUGCGCGGAGGAGCGCUGUUGCUGACGGCUUGCUGCGUCCAGGCGGAGGAAAAAGCUAAACACACACACGGAGCGGAGUCCGCGUCAACGCUCGCUGAUUGGGGCUAAAGCUGGCCGAAAAGCAACCUGCUUCAUUAUUCAUGUUUUUGUCCAGCGAGGAUGGUUGUCUAAACUGCGGGACGCGGUGUGCUGACUGGACUCGUCGCUUAGACCGACAGGACCAGACAGGGAAUUCCUCUGAAUCAAUAUCUGGACGUAAACAGUGAUCGCUGGAGAAAUGUGAGUACCAACAGUUGUCUCUGCGCUCCAGUAAGGCUUUUAUUUACCAAGAUCAAAAGGGGGAAGGAGGGGCGGAGGGGAGGCAUACCGCUCCUGCACAGGUUGCCAUAGCAUCACAUUAAUAUUUUCAUCCCUGUCAGAGCCCAACAACAUCUUCACGUUUUGGACGAUGUGUUCGUUUUUCAAUACCGUUCCUCAGCUCAGGUUGGGUUGAAUCAGGUCCACGCAGUAAACCCCCCCCCCACAGAGCCACGGUGUUCCCCGAGCUGAGCAUCAGAUCACAAUCAUGGCCAAAAACCCCUCCGAGGGGGCCAAGGAUGACCUGAGCCAGCAGACGGACGACGACCUGCUGCGGUGCAGCAAGGAGGAGCUGGUGAGGAAACUGAGGAGGGUCGACGGCGAGAAAAUGAACUUGAUGAUCGAGCACGGCAACCUGAUGAAGGACAUCAACCGGCGGCUGCAGGUGCACCUGCACGAGAUCCGGAGUCUGAAGGAGGUCAACCAGAAGCUGCAGGACGACAACCACGAGCUCCGGGAGCUCUGCUGCUUCCUGGACGACGACCGGCAGAAGGGCAAGAAGCUGUCCAGGGAGUGGCAGCGCUUCGGCCGCUACACCGCCGGCGCCAUGUGGAAGGAGGUGGGCGCCUACGUGAUGAAGCUCAAGGAGCUGGAGGCCAACCAGGAGAGCGUGCUGAGGGAGAACUCCGAGCUGAAGGAGAUCAUCCUCAUGCUGGACGAGGAGAGGAACGGCGCCGGCUCCCGGAGCUCCAUAGACAGCCAGUCCAGCCUCAGCAACCUGAACGGCGGCGCCGGGACGGUGCGAGACGUCGGCGACGGGAGCAGCACGUCCAGCACAGGGAGCGCCGGCAGCCCCGACCACCACAACCACAACCACGUGCACAAGCCUUCAGAGAACAGUAAGAUGCCUACCAUGAGGAGGUCCAUGGAUGAUCUCUCAGCGCCGCAUCAUCACAGGAGCAUCCCCAAUGGGCUCAACGAUUCCUCCUCCAACUACAUCAGGCAGCUGGAGACGAAGGUCCGGAUACUGGAGGACGACAACAACAAGCUCCUCUCUCAGGCCUAUAACCGGUAUAGCUUAUCACAGAUACAGAUGAAAAAGCAGUGCAACCCAGGUGACCUCCGAGCCCUGAGGAAGGGAAUGACUCUGUACCACUCAGAGUCCCAGCUGUCCUCCCUGCCCCAGCGCCAGGAGGCCAUGCACAUGGGCACAAACCGUCUACCAACCAGCGAAUCGUCUCCUGCCACCGGCUACCUGUCCUGCGUCCAGAAGCCCGAGGCGGUGGUGCACGCCAUGAAGGUUUUAGAGGUCCACGAGAAUUUGGACAAGCAGACUCCUGAAGACUACGAGGACGACCUCAGUGAGAAAGAGAAGGCCAUCGUGCGAGAGAUGUGUAACGUAAGUUCAGUGGUGUGGAGAAAACUGGGCGACGCCGCGGGAUCAAAGAUGUCCAUCAGGCAGCACCUCUCUGGGAACCAGUUCAAGGGCCCGCUGUAGCCCGGCAGCGGCGGCUCAUCAGGAUACACCGCACCUCCACUCGCCUGGGAAAACGCCACCUUACCUACCACGCUGUCUACACGCCCCCAUCACGCCAUGCACCCCCCCCCCCCC